CGACGACGACGACGACGACGACGAUGCGAUGGAGGAUGACGAUGAGGACGACGGGGAAGGUGAAGACGAUGAAGAUGAAAUGGAGGUCGUCGGCGAGGCGGUGGAGUCCAGCCGCUCUGCCCUUCCGCAAGACGAGUCUCGGAACUCGGAGGGAGUAGCGCGUGCCGAAGGGCGAGCACUAGUCCACACGGGCUCGGUAGAUAUCUGCGAACAACAGAACGCCUUCAUGCGCGAAUUCCGGAAACAGCUUGCGGGCGACGGAGACUGCACCGUACUUUCCGUUUCGCAAACGUGGGGGGACCUCCCCGCGUUGUGCACCCAGUACCACGAGGAGCUCGACGCGGAGCCAUACGACCGGACGCCCACUUGGAGGACCUCCCUGCCUGCCGUGCAUAGACUGUACCUCCAGAACGUGCACCCUAAACUCGUCCACAAGCUCUUCAUACACUGCGAGUUCCCCAAACUCAACUCGCUCAACCUCGACUACGACAUCGCCGGCCAGCCGGAGCGCACAGAGCUGCUGUCCGUGCUCCUCGACGCCGGCCGCCACCUGCUCCCGCUGCUCAGCACGUUCCACACGGAGAACGAGCUGCAUUGCCCGGACUGGGACGUCCUGAAGCGGUUCUACGUGGCGAUCGCGAACGUCACCGAGUUUACGCUCCAGUACUGGGCCGACUCGUACAACUGCCCGGAGUGGUUCGACGUACUGAAGGAGCAGUGGGAGUACGUGCGGGACCACCCCUGGGCGCACCUGCAGCCGUACCUCCCGCGCCUCCGCCUUCUCGUCUCGCACGGCCCCACGGGGGAGAAGCUGCGGGCCCUGCUGAAACUUCGUAAGAUCAUCAACUUUCCUAUCCGGGAGGUCUAUUACGUGCGAGGAUACAUCCUGCAGUACGAGAUUGACCAUCUGGGGGAUCAGCUGGAUUACUUCGAAUGCGACGAGGAGCCCACUGAUGAGUUGGAACACUUCAAUAUGCUGAUGCGUGCCGUGAGGUCGCAGCCCUUGGUACCGCCGUAACAAUGAAUGACAAUAAUGCCUAACGACUCGGACUUUACUCUCAAGUUAUGUAGAAUGUAAAGUGCGACUGUAUUAUGAUGGAAUUGACCAAUGGCGUGGUGUGUCCUUGA